AUGGUUGUAAAAGAGUGGCGUAAUGGUGACAAAUAUGAAGGAGGUUGGGAGAAUGGUGAAAAACAUGGGCAAGGCACAUUAUUUUAUGUAGAUGGUGGUAAAUAUGAAGGUGAAUGGGCUAGUAAUAUGAGAAAUGGUUAUGGAGUUAAUAUUUGGGCUAAUGGCGAUCGAUAUGAAGGAGAUUGGCAGAAUAAUUUGAAGCACGGCGAAGGAAAACUUUUUUAUGCUAAUGGUGGUAAAUACACUGGAGAAUGGAAGAACAAUAUAAGACAUGGCCAAGGCGUAAAUAUCUGGAGAAACGGCACUCGCUAUGAAGGAUUUUGGAAAGAAAAUCAACAACACGGUAAAGGAACAUUUACUUAUCCAGAUGGAGGAAAAUAUGUUGGCGAAUGGUUAGCAAAUAUGCGACAUGGAAAUGGAGUAAAUACUUGGAAAAAUGGUGAUCGAUAUGAAGGAUUGUGGGAUCAUAAUAGAAAACAUGGUAAAGGAACAUUUUAUCAUGCAGACGGAACCGAAGAACAUGGUAUUUGGAAUAAUGAUACAUUAAAUGGAGAUUCAAAUCAAGGAUCCGACAAUAAAAAGCCAAAAAAUGACAAUAAUUCAAAAAAUGCAUUACAAUUCAAAGGCUUUUGGUUAAAUGGCCAACCAUUUGUAGUUUUAUUAAUGCCGAAAUCACCUGUUUGUCCUUAUUUGACACUUGGACGUGAAUUUAUUGUUUCAUUAAAUUGGGAUAAAGCGUAUUUUGAUCGUACUCAUGAUAAUUGCUAUUGCAGUCGAUGUUAUAAGGAAUCCUGGAGUGAUGUGAUUGAAGCUGGUGACGACAGAUAUGUUAUUCCUCGUGGAUGGGUACGUUUAGGUCUUCAUAUCGAUCCAAUUCAUAUGAAAGCAGAAGAUAUUUGGAAUAGAUGGAUAGUAACAUUUCAUGGCACGACUAAAAUUGCUGCACAAUCGAUUAUUAAACAUCGUCAAUUUUGUCUUCCGGGUGAUGUAUUAAUUGAUGGUACUAAACUGGGUAUUCGCCCGGGACAUAUUCCCGAUAAACAGUUUAUUUAUACAUCACCAACGAUAGCUUAUUCAAGUGGUUUAGCAUAUAGUCCAAUUUACGAUUUUCACUCUACAGAAAACAAUGCUAAUUAUCAAACACAAAUCGUUCUACAAUGUCGACAAAUGCCUAAUACUUAUAAAAUCGGACCAGAAACAAUAGGAGCAGGGGAAAAUCAGAUUUGUUCACAUAUUUCGAAUUCUGAGAUUGAAUAUUUUACGGAUAGAAGAGGAUCAUUAGUUGCCUAUGGAAUACUAGUAAGAUUUCGAUCAAAAAAUAAUUAG